AACGUAGUAGGUAUUUAUCGUAUUGAUAAUGUGCAAUGUAUAACGUGACAAAUCGAACUAUUGCCGUCAAGUGACGGAGACAGGCGGUCAUAAUGUGCGACAGUUAACCUAACAUUACAUUAAAGUGCUCUCUUGGUUAAAUUACAUAAAAGUGGUCGUGUUGUGAUGAAAAAUGGGGAAAAGUGAAUCAUGGAUUACGCCGUUCAAGAAACAGUGUUUCGUGACCCUUGGCGUGUCAUUGAACAUGGCGGCCCAUGGCCUGGUGAUGGGGUUCGCGGCCAUCCUGCUGCCCCAGCUCCGACUGCCCGGCUCCAUCAUCCCCAUAGAUGACGCCUCUGGCUCUUGGAUUGCCGCAAUCCUGGGAUUUGCCCUUGUCACCGGAAACUUCGUGGUUCCCACCAUAAUGGCCAAAUACGGCAGAAGAACUGCUAAUCUAGCUAGCUUAGCGCCAAUGAUUGUCGGAUGGUUUUGCAUCAUCCUCGCCACUAACAUUACUAUACUCCUCAUCGCAAGAUUUCUUCAAGGCCUCGCUAUGGGUAUGAGUGCUUCUCUCGGCCCUGUAUUAAUAGGAGAAUACACCAGCCCAAAGAAUAGGGGAGCGUUCCUCACAUCCAUAUCAUUGACGAUAGCGACAGGAGUUCUUUUCGUCCAUACUCUAGGCUCCUUUCUCACUUGGCAAACGACUGCUCUGGUAAUCGCAUUCCUAGUUUUCGCAGAUAUAUUGAUAGUGAUAUACUCUCCAGAAUCACCCAGUUGGCUGGCUGAUCAAGGAAGAUACGAUGAGUGUAGAAAAAUUUUCCACUGGCUGAGAGGUGAUACCGAAGAUGAUGAAUUAGAAAAGAUGAUAGAUGCCAGCAAAAUUGUAAGAGAAGCCAAAGAAUUCGCAAACGUUUCAGACUCUUUCGUGAAGAAAGUAAGAACUAAUUUAGCGUAUAUAAAUACGACAAUGAGAAAGAAAGAGUUCUACAAACCGAUUUUUAUAAUGAUCCACAUUUAUACUUUAGGACAAUGGUCUGGCGCGAAUCUUUUGGCCGCGUACACCAUUGAUAUCUUUACGAAUGUUAUUGGAACCGGAGCGAACAUUUCUCUCAUGGUGAUCACUCUUGAUAUUCAGAGAAUCAUUUCGAACACCAUGGCCGUUUAUGUGAUAAAGAAAGUCAAACGUCGGACCAUGCUGUUUGCAACUGUUGGAAUAAAUCUGUUUGCAUUUUUGGCGACAGCAGCUUACACUUACUCCAGAAAACAUGACCUACUGCCGUUUGAACAUCCAGCUAUUGGCAUAGCUCUCAUCCACAUUCACAUGUUCUCGAUAGCAACUGGUACAGUGCCUCUUCCAUUCAUCAUUGCUGGAGAAGUAUUUCCAUUGGAAUACAGGAGUCUGGCUGGUGGUUUAAGUGUUCUUUUCCUGUCAUCAAACCUGUUUAUCACGGUGAAGACUGUUCCAUAUUUGUUCACGAAUGUUGGCAUCCAUGGAGCGUAUGUUUUGUACGCGGGUGUGGUGGGUUAUUGCCUUGUGAUCGCGUGGCUCUUCCUACCAGAAACUAAGGACAGGACUUUGCAAGAAAUCGAGGAUGAGUUCCGAGGUAGACCGCUCUCUCCCGAGGAACUAAAGUCCGUUCAAUCUCUGACUUCUAUGAAACAAUUUAAUACAGACAGACGGUGUAGUAGCCCCGUUAUAUGAUACAUGUAUUUUAAGUAUUAUAGUUAUAAUUAUUUGUACAUAGUGAGACAAAAUAAAUGGAUUAAGAAGACAUAUUAUAUGAGUAAGUUAAUACUGUAGCUAUUGGUGAAAAUUUGGAACUUUCAUUAUGCGAAUAUGGAGAGUUUGUGAUACUGCUCUAGUAAGAUAGUGUAAGUACACUGUAAGUAGAAAUUUAUUAGGAGGUAGUCUAAGUAAUCUAAUGAAACAUGUUUAAUUAAGUAUAUUUUUAUUCUACUUAUUUAUUAUUGUAAAUAAAAUGUGAUAGCAAAUAAAAUUAAGGAUUUACACGUAUAAGAAGAAAGAGUUUUUUUAACGAAUAUUAUAGCCAUGUUAAUCAUGAGAUUUCCCCUUUCUCCUCCUACUAAACGUAAAGUUACGCUAGGAGCAGAUACGACAAUAUAGUGCAUUUGACAAUUUGAACCGCCGACCUUUCGGAAUUCAGUCCACUCUUGAUCUAUUGAGAUUUGAGGCACUUCUUAAAAACACCCCUUGUCGUUCAUAGAUUUUUAUUUCAUUAAAAUCAUUUUGAAUUUA